AUGAAGCUAGGUUUAGGGUUAGAGUAAGGGUUGUGGUUGAGACUAGGGUUAGGGUUGAACUGGGAUGUGGACAGGAAGCUAGUGUCAGGGUUAAGGCUAGGGUUAAGUUUAGUCUCAGUGAGAGUUUUAACCUGUGUUGUUGUGUCCAGGUCCAGACCCGUUCUCAGUGUUCUGGCUGACAGUGAUGAGGAGUCCUCCAGCGCCGGCUCUUCUGACGAGGAGGAAGUACUGCUCUCAGAGCCCCAAGGCAUUGUGGGAGAAAAGGGGACUCCACCUGGUGCUGAAGGGUAAUGGAUGACCCUUUCUCUUACACACCAAAUAUAGUCGGCCAUGUAGAAUGAUACGGCCAGGAGUUUUUCCUGACUGUGACCUUGUGCUGUAUUGCACGCUAAGGGCUCGAUUCAAUCCGUAGCGCUGAAGUUCCGUGUUGUAGCCCGAUUUAUAUUUAAAGGCAAUGUUCCCGUGUUAGCGGAGACUGCAUUCAUGGUAAACGCUGCAUAUGUUGGCUCCAUCAAAAAUUACCUUGAAAUUUAAAGUGCGGUAUAGCACUAAACUUCAAGCCCUAAUACCAUCUUCUAUAGUCACAACAGAUACAUUGACAUCACUUUCCCCGAAUAUAGCUUACAUUUGAGCUCCUAAGGCUGGAUUCAAUCCGUAUCACCGAAGUAUCACGGAAGAGCCGCGUUAAAAUGUUAAGGUAAUUUCGAUUGAUCCGACAUAUGCAGCAUUUACCGUGCAGCGUUUACCAUUUACAUUGCCUUUAAUUGUCAAUCGCGCUAUAAAGUGGAUCUUCAGAGCUACGGAUUUAAUAGAGCCCUUCGUUUAAGAUUAGAUUACAGGUCAUAGCUUUGCUGUUUUCAUUUGCGACCAGUGUGACGUUUAACCUCUGAAAGCAUAUGUCCUCUCAUGUAGCCUCAUGCUAACCCCUCUGCCUCUCCACAUGGCCUCACAUUAAUGCAACAUUAUCCCUCUCUCCUCCUCUGCUCCCCUCCUCUCUCCUCCUCUCUCCUCCUCUCCUCUCCUCCUCUCUCCUCUCCUCUCCUCUCCUCCCCUCUGCAGGGUUUCUGCUGGUGGCGGGAGGACAGGCAAGCGGAUUUUGAGAUUUGUCGACAAAAUUGCUAAGUCUAAGUACUUCCAGAAGGCGACAGAGAAUGAUUUCAUCAAAAAGAAGAUUGAGGAGAUGUCCAACACGCCCCUGCUGCUAGCAGUGGAGGUUCAGGAGCUUUCUGGAACACUGGCUGUCAACAUCCCACCUCCCCCUACUGAUAGAAUAUGGUACGUCCCACACUCAAUAUCCCUGCUUCCACUACUGAUAGAAUAUGGUAUGGCCCCACACUCAACAUCCCUCCUCCCCCUACUGAUAAAAUGUGGUACGGUCAUAGAGAUAGAUAGAGGACUGAUCUUUCUAUCUGUGCCAUUAUAGCGUCUGUGACAGCAUGGGCAGCGCCAUUGAGGCUAUCUCCAUUUUGAAGUAGUCAAUUUUCUUCUUCACGAUUGGCUGAUCCCUGUUGAUGACCUGGUGGGACAUGACUCCAACAGGGUCACCAGGAGGGAUCAGCCAUUGAAGAUGGAAGUCCCACCCAGUUGACAACAUUCUCCUAUCCCCCUUCUGAUAACCAAGUGGCGAAUCGCAUCUCUGCAUGUCUGGCAGACAUAUCAGUGUGGAUGUCGGAUCACCACCUCAAGCUGAACCUCGGCAAGACGGAGCUGCUCUUCCUCCCGGGGAAGGACUGCCCGCUCCAUGAUCUUGCCAUCACGGUUGACAACUCUGUUGUGUCCUCCUCCCAGAGUGCAAAGAACCAUGGCGUGACCCUGGACAACACCCUGUCGUUCUCCGCUAACAUCAAAGCGGUGACCCGAUCCUGUAGGUUCAUGCUCUACAACAUUCGCAGAGUACGACCCUACCUUACACAGGAAGCGGCACAGGUCCUAAUCCAGGCACUUGUCAUCUCCCGUCAGGAUUACUGCAACUCGCUGUUGGCUGGGCUCCCUGCCUGUGCCAUUAAACCCCUUCAACUCAUCCAGAACGCUGCAGCCCGUCUGGUGUUUAACCUUCCCAAGUUCUCUCACGUCACUCCGCUCCUCCGCACACUCCACUGGCUUCCAGUUGAAGCUCGCAUCUGCUACAAAACCAUGGUGCUUGCCUACGGAGCUGUGAGGGCAACGGCACCUCCUUACCUUCAGGCUCUGAUCAGUCCCUACACCCAAACGAGGGCAUUGCGUUCUUCCACCUCUGGCCUGCUGGUCCCCCUACCUCUGCGGAAGCACAGGUCCCGUUCAGCCCAGUCAAAACUGUUCGCUCUGGCACCCCAAUGGUGGAACAAGCUCCCUCACGACGCCAGGACAGCGGAGUCACUGACCACCUUCCGGAGACACUUGAAACCCUACCUCUUUAAGGAAUACCUGGGAUAGUAUAAAUGUAAUCCUUCUAUCCCCCCCCCCACACCCCCUACCCCACCCCCACAAAAAAAAUGAAAAAAAAGAAGAAGAAGAAUAAAAAAAAAUAAACACAACAAAAAAACUAUAUAUAUAUAAAACAAAUGAAAAUUCAAAACAUACUCUAAAAAAAAAUUGUUUUUAAAACAUUUGAAAGAAAUUACAAAAUAAUAAAACAAAAUAUAAAUAACAAAACAUGUGUAAAGUGGUUGUCCCACUGGCUAUCAUAAGGUGAAUGCACCAAUUUGUAAGUCGCUCUGGAUAAGAGCGUCUGCUAAAUGACGUAAAUGUAAAAUGUAAAUGUAAUUCAAAUCGUGAAAGCCCUCAAUGGCUCUGCCUAUGCUAACACAACCUUUUGGCCACUAGAGGCCUCUAUCAUUCUCUAUGGGUAUGGCCCCACACUCAAUAUCCCUCCUCCUCCUACUGAUAGAAUAUGGUAUGGCCCCACACUAAAUAUCCCUCCUCCCCUACUGAUAGAAUAUGGUAUGGCCCCACACUAAAUAUCCCUCCUCCCCUACUGAUAGAAUAUGGUAUGGCCCCACACUCAAUAUCCUUCCUCCCCUACUGAUAGAAUAUGGUAUGGCCCCACACUCAAUAUCCUUCCUCCCCCUACUGAUAGAAUAUGGUAUGGCCCCACACUCAAUAUCCCUCCUCCCCUCUACUCAUAGAAUAUGGUAUGGCCCCACACUCAAUAUCCCUCCUCCUCCUACUGAUAGAAUAUGGUAUGGCCCCACCCAUAUCCUCUCCUCCCCCUACUGAUAAUAUGGUAUGGCACUCAAUAUCCCUCCUCCCCUACUAUAAAUAUGGUAUGGCCCCCACUCACCCCUAUCCAAUCCCCUCAAAUUCCCCCUUCCCCCUACUCAAGAAUUGGUAUGGCCCCACACCAUAUCCCUCCUCUAGAAUAUGGUAUGGCCCCACUCAAUAUCCCUCCUCCUACCUGAUAGAAUAUGGUAUGGCCCCCACACAAUAUCCCUCCUCCUCCUACUGAUAGAAUAUGGUAUGGCCCCACACUCAAUAUCCCUCCUCCCCCUACUCAUAGAAUAUGGUACGGCCCACACUCAGAUAUACUCUAUGGCGCUGUCCUGAAACAACCUCUAGUCCCUAGUCCAGUCCCUAGUCACUCAGCUUCACUCUAUUUCUUCAUUUACAUACUUGCGUCUUCAUCACCAAAGCCUAGUAUUUUCUUUUUGUGCCAAUUAUAGUACAAGGCUGGCCAAAUGACAGCAACCGAUGAUACAAUUUUUCUAAAGGUCAGGUCAACAUGGUAGUUGCCUUCGGUUACUGUCUUUCUGUAUUUAUUGAUGAUCCUGUAUGUAUGUGUGUAUUCCAGGUACAGUUUCUGUGUGCCUCCCAAGCUGGACCUGUGUGUCAGACCCAAGCUGGGGGAGAGGGAGGUCACCUUCUUUCACGUGACUGAGUGGAUUGAGAAGAAACUGCAGGAUGAGUUCCAGGUUAGACUUCUCUAUCAUCUCCUCCUCCUCCUCUCUCUCCCAUACCUCACCUUGUAUACAUUUACAUUUUAGUCAUUUAGCAGAUGCUCUUAUCCAGAGCGACUUACUGUUAGUGAGUGCAUACAUUUUCAUACUGGCCCCCCGUGGGAAACGAACCCACAACCCUGGCGUUGCAAGCGCCAUGCUCUACCAACUGAAUUACAGGGGACUGUACCCUAGUAUACCCUAGUAUCUCUCACCUCUCGCCCUCCCUUGUCUUUAUCCCUCCCUCCCUCCCUCCCGCCCUCCUCUUCCCCACAAAUCCAAAGUAAGACAAUCUACCCAAAAUAAAACAAUGAACCUAUUUUCUCUCCAUUCCAGAAAGUGUUUGUGCUGCCCAACAUGGACGACAUCUACCUGCCUCUGAUGCAUUCUGGGAUGGACGGUCCUCCAGCGGCCCAGCAGCCCCAGCAGUGUCCGUCCCAGUCAUCACACCACUCCUCCAUGGAGUCGAUCGAGAGGAUCUCCCAGGACAAUACUGCUACAGAGUUGGACUAG